CUGAGGCAGGGAGGAUGGGGAAACUGUCAGCAUAGGCACACAGGGAAAACUCUUCAGGGAGAGAGCAAAUCCACUCAUCCCAAUGCCUGGGGAAAACAAAAUUGGGAUCAAAUCCAGGUCUCCCAGCCACCCGUAAGAUCCUGCUUCCCAUAGAGCUUGUGGAGCCGGGCAAGUAGAAGGAGGCUGUGGUGGCUUGUACAUUAGAGACCCGAGAGCAAGACCUGGGACAGCGGUAAAUGGACAAGGUUUACCACAGGGAAAGGCAGUAAAUGGUGAGCUCUCGGCCCCAUGGAUGACAACGAGGUUUCUGACCUUAAAGUAGAAGAUGAGGGUGAAAAAGUGUCCCCUGAAUCUGAAUCGGAGGAAUCACUCUUCUAUGACAAUGACACAAACCUCCUGGAAAAGGAAAAGGCUGAGGAUUCUGAAACCGACCUAGAGAUUGUAGAAUCCGAAAGACUUUUCACCACAGGCCAAGCCGAGCUGUACCUGGAGGCCUGCAAAGUGGUGGGAGUGAUCCCUGUGUCCUACUUCCUUCGGAACAUGGAAGAGGCCUAUAUGAACCUCAAUCACCACGGGCUGGGACCCAAGGGUACCAAGGCCAUUGCCAUUGCUCUGGUGUCCAACACAACUGUCACACACCUGGAACUGGAGGACAACUGGAUCAUGGCUGAGGGCACUAUGAGCUUGGUGCAGAUGCUGCGGGAGAACUGCUACAUCCAGGAACUGAAUAUCUCCAACAAUCACCUGGAUACUGAAGGGGCAAAAAUCAUCACCGGGUUACUUCUGGAAAACCUCUCUUCUGUCUGGUCCCUCCAGCUCUCAGGGAACAACUUCCGAGAGGAAUCAGCCCAGUACUUCUCUGAGGCACUAAUGGUUAAUUACCGAACAAAGGAACUGGACCUCAGCCACAAUGAGUUUUCUGAGAAGGGAGGAGAGUUCCUGGGACACAUGUUGGCUUACAAUGAAGGGCUGACGGUGCUGAAUCUGAGCUGGAACCACCUGCGGAAGAAGGGGGCUACGGCAGUGAGCACUGGUCUCCGGGUCAAUGUGACGCUGAAGACUUUAGAUCUCUCCUGGAAUGGCUUGGGGAAUGAGGGGGCCCUGGCCCUGGGGGAGGCGCUCAAAGUCAACACCACCCUGGUCUACCUGGACAUCAGCAGCAACCACAUCUACAACGAUGGGGCUGGGAAGCUGAGCAAGGGCUUGGAAAGCAAUGGGACCCUCAAAAUCCUGAAGCUUUCCUUUAAUCCCUUGACCGUAGAGGGGGCCAUGGCCCUUAUCACAUCUCUCAAGAAGAACCCCAAGUCCAGGAUGGAGGAGCUCAACAUCUCAAACGUGAUGGUGAAUGAAGGGUUCCUCAGACUGCUGGGUGGGGUUUGCCACAUUCACCCCCAGCUGCAUGUGGUCCAUGGUGAUGUUGGUGGCCAAAUCAGCAAGAAGCCCAACCUACAGCCGGACCCCAUGGUACUGAUUAAGAAUUACCUGGACGAACACAAGCUGAAACUCUGGGAUUUCUUCAAGGAUAUGGACAAGAAAGGAAACAUGAAGAUCCCCGUGACAGACUUCCAGAAAGCCUUGACACAGCAACACAAGAUUCCUCUGGACCAAGUUCAAAUUAGUGCGCUGAUAAAGAAACUGGACUGGGAUCACACAGGAAUGGUGGACUACAGUCACUUACAGGAUCAGAAGCCACAAUAGCAGCAAACUUAAGGAGGGGAGAGACCCUGGCAGAAAGUACAGACCCAGCUCAGCAGGAUGCCAAAGGAAAGGCCGGAGCUGUCGGAAGAUGAACUGUGGACUUAUGCUAAGGACUAAGGAAAGUCAAAGACCCAGACCAGAAGGAAGUCAGGUGGUCUCGGGAGCUAAACAUAAAGGUAGAGUUCCCCUACA